UCUACGUAGUGAUCUCUUACACAAACAAGCAUCGGUUGACGAUGUCUUACCACCCAAACUAUACUGCACAUCACGAAUUAAUCCAUUUGCACAGUCUCAUCUUGACUCCAUGUAAGCAGCCGAAAAAGAUCGCAGUAUGUAUGUGCGGCGUUUUGCGGUUUAACUUAGACGGACCCUGGUUUUAGACAGCGUCUAACAACUGCCGUGGUGGGGUAGCUUCAAAGUUCGGAAUGUGGAUGCACAGAUGAUAGGUACAAGUACAAAAGUCUCGUGGGACUCCAAAUUUUUCUAUCAUCUUGCGCUUUUGCUGUUGCUGAAUUUCUAUCGUUUAACUUGACACUACAGUUCGGAGCAACGAACUUUUACAUAACUUCAUAACAAUGCCUCUCCCAUAUGGCGUCUACAGAGCCGACCACGUCGGCUCUUUCCUACGUCCCAAAGCUGUCCUUGACGCCCGCAACUCUGCUGCCAACGGCACCCUCAGCGUCCAGGAACUACGAAACAUCGAGGAUUCCGCUAUUGCGGAAGUCGCACAGAAGCAAAUCGAGAAUGGCCUCCUCUCCAUAACCGACGGCGAGUUCCGCCGCGCAUACUUCCAUCUUGAUUUCCUCAAGCACCUCGCUGGCAUUGAGGAGAAGGGGCAGGUCGGAAACAUCCGCCACAAAGACGGCUUCUCGCCGCCUACAUUGGUUGUGAAGGGCAAGUUGGGCCAUCCCGAGGCGAUCCAAGUAGACGACUUUCAGUUCCUGCGGGAGCAAAUCCGCAAGAUUGGCAGUACCGCGACGACCAAAGUGUGCAUCCCAAGUCCAACCAUGGUGCACUUCCGCGGCGGACGAGCAAGCAUCGACAUCUCCGCAUACCCCGACCUCGACGUAUUCUUCGAAGACUUGGCGCGCGUGUACCAGGAGGAACUGCACUCGCUCUACCAAACUGGCUGCCGCUUCGUACAGCUCGAUGACACGAAUCUCGCCUACCUGUGCGACCCGGAGAUGCGCAAAGCCGCCGAGCAGGAGCGUAACGAAGAUCUCUCUACACUACCGCGGAAAUACGCCGAGCUGAUCAACAAGGCGAUUGAGAAGCGACCCGCUGAUAUGAAGAUUGGCAUCCAUCUCUGCCGCGGUAACUACCGCUCCAAAUGGUUCGCCUCGGGCGGCUACGAGCCCGUCGCCGAGGUCCUCUUCAAGGAGCUGAAUGUCGACGCGUAUUUCCUCGAGUACGACGAUGCGCGCAGUGGUGACUUCUCUCCCCUGCGUCAUCUGCCAGCGCACAAGGUUGUUGUCCUCGGCGUUAUGAGCUCCAAGAACAACGCGCUGGAUAACAAGGAGGAGAUUGUCAACCGACUGAAGGAGGCGGCGAGCAUCACCCCAGGGGGGCUUGACCAGCUGUGUUUGAGCCAUCAGUGCGGGUUCUCGAGUACGAGCGAAGGGAAUGAGUUGAGCGAGGAGGAGCAAUGGGCAAAGGUCAGGCUCGAGGUAGAGAUUGCGAAGAGCGUGUGGGGGCAAGAUUUGAGCGUGUAAAGAGUUGAUCAUUAAAAGGAUGCGAUAUAUCACAUUUUGCGACACCUAUUCAACUAGGCGAGUCCUCUAUUAUUCCCAGCCUUUUUUUCACGCUCGGCAGUUAUCAUGUGCCCUUGUCUUACUAUAUGUGCUCAGUGCCUUCCGUUUAUACUUCAGGCUGCGGCA